GUGCGUCCUUUCUUUCCCAGAGGUGAUAUCAUCGCCGUGCGUCCUCUAUUCAGAUAACGCUCGUUCGGGUCCACUCCGUCAUGUUUACCGCUACCGUUUAACACACAGACCUGAGGCUGUUUGUGUUGUGGUUUGAAUGUACUGUGAAUCUAUACGUUGUAGUUGAGGCUAAUUUAUAUAUUUAUUUCAACAUGGAGUCUGGGGAGGCCGGAGAGGAGAAGACGGGCUCGCUGUCCGCGGCGCAGAGGAGAGCAGAGAUCCGGAGGAGAAAGCUGCUGAUGAAUUCAGAGGACAGGAUGAACAGGAUCGUGGGUUUCUCCAAAAACGAGUCUGAAAACAACGCGGGAGCAUCCCGGCGUCCAACAGAACCCCGCUUCCACCUCGAUCUCGACAGGACAGAGACGUGGUCGCCAUCCUCAUCUUCCCCGAGACCAUCUCCCUUCCUGUCGGAGGCUUCGGUACUUGGCAGCCACUCCCGUAGCGCCACCCCGGAGAGGAGGGGCUCGCCUCUGCCAGACCUCGGCGAGCCGCUCAGCAGUACUCUGGAUGACGACCUCGGAGGGAUCCGACAGAGACCCAGGGGGGAGCGGGUGUCAGAUGACCUCAGCGGCUCCCCGCGCCGAGGCCUCCAUAAGUACCUGUCCCGUUUUGACGAUGCCAUGAAACUGCGGGGUCAGCUGGCCAAUGAGAAGCCGGUCCAGGACGGAGGGUCUGACACAGAGGAGUUUGAUCCCUUCAGAGUCUUCAGGCUCAUCGGCAGCAUCCUCCUCGCUAUUUUUGUCAGGGUUUUCGUCUGCAAGUAUCUGUCAAUAUUUGCUCCAUUUCUGACUCUCGAACUGGCCUACAUGGGGUUGUCCAAAUACUUUCCAAAGGUAGAGAAAAAGACCAAGACCACUGUGCUCACUGCUGCCCUGUUGCUCUCCGGCAUCCCCGCUGAGGUCAUCAACCGCUCCAUGGACACCUACAGGAGGAUGGGCGACGUCUUCGCCGACCUCUGCGUUUACUUCUUCACCUUCAUCCUUUCUCAUGAGAUCCUGCUGCUCAUUGGUUCAGAGACUCCCUGAUGGACCAGCAGGACCUCAGUAACCCCGCCCCUCUCCUUGUUGUCCCCUCCCUCUGCCUCCCAACACAACAAGGCAUGUUCAUCCGCGUCGGCUGAUGUGGGUUUGUUUUUUGACGGUCUGGAAAUGAAUCCUUGCUGCCUUCAUGAUCAGGUUCGCGCGUCAGCAGGACUUGUGCUCAUUACUUCAGCGCUUCAGGAUUCUACGAAAGCUUCAUGUGACCAGAGAGUCCAGUGUUUGUUACAGAUCUCCAUGUUACUUUUACUCUGGGCAGAAGCUGAGAAACAGAAUGACUGUAUGUGUUUGUGUGUGAAGAAUGUACGGUGGCAUUUAUUGUGCUGGGAGAUAUUCUUUUGUCCGGUCUAAAACAGAAAAUGGUAAAUGUCAUACUGAAGUACGGUUCAUACAACAGUACGGUACUUUAUCAGUUUGACAUUACAUUGGGCAGCCACAGAUUCAAUUUGACUUAUGAUCAGGAAACACUGGAACUCCUCAAGGGCUGGGCGAUGUCUCUGAACUAAAAGAAAUUCCAAUAUGGAUGCAUAUUACAAUAUGGCAAAGGUUAUAGAGAUAUUGCGUUGUGCACAUCUCCAUUAUGAUAUUAAAUAUUCCGACCAGUUUGGCAGCGCUCCAAAAGGUAAAAGUCGAGUCUCGCAGCAUCCAAGUCCGAGUCUCAAGUCUACAGCUGUGGGCAAAUAUAUUACAGAUCACAUAGAAAAUAAUCCAACUGAUGUUCAAUGCAGUGGACUGUCCUCCACAGCAUUACAUCAAAAAAAAAAACUCUUUGCAUAUAAAACAAAAAUGUUAACAACUUGGAUCAUUAGUUAUAAAACUGAACAGCAAACUCAUAUAGUCAGCACACUCACUCACUAAAACCUGUUACAGAGAAAUAGCAUUAGCCACUAUAAGCUAACGGUCACAUCAGACCAAGUAAUAGCUGCAUAACCGCUGAGUGUAUUGAACUGACCAACGAUGUGUUUUAUUUCUUAUGAAUACAGCUUUUUUUAUUUGUAAGAGGAAGAAUGUGAGGUUAAACAUGACACAGCCUUGCUUUAAACAACAGAAUUUUGUAAAAAAGACAACACAAACUGUUCAUAUUUCACUUAAAUCAGACAACGGUUAUCACUCAGCCUUGAGUGCUUCUAAAUACUAAUGAUUUCCAAAGAUAGUGCAUAAGCUGGGCAGGGUGUCAUGUUCUCAGCUAGUGUCUGUCUCUUUUGUGGGGCUGCAGUGAAACCAAAUCUGCCGGUAAAGUGAUGAAAACUGCUAGUAUACAUCUAUAUGAAUGCCUUUUUGUCAUGUGAGUCAGCCCUGCGGUGCAUCAGGCAGGCAGAGUUGGGGGUCAGUGCAUUUCAUCAGUUCACGACAUUCAAGUCCUGGAUCUAAACUUACCCAGUUUAUGAUUUUUGUAAAUAAUCCAGCUCCUGAAUUGACUUAGGUGUAAAUGAACUGACCGCGACCUUGGAGUGAAGAGGUUUAUUGAGGUUCUUGAUCCAUUAUGAUUGACAGCUGAUGAUCAAAUUAAGCAGAGGGCUUAAGACAGAGUAUCAUCAGAACCGACAGAAGCAGGUGGCUCCCUUUUCCCUCAUACAGAUUACCAUCGCCUCUGCUGAUUUUGUUACAACGUCUGCCCACCGAGCUGUAGGCUGCAUUGAGGCUUUGCAAUUGUGUCACAAAUGGCAGCUAUCGAACCACUGGGUGUCAGCAUGGAGGUCCAACAACAAGUUUCCUGUUAACAAAGGAUUCAUUACAGAAGAGGAUUAGGGCCAUUUGAAAAAAAAAAAAAAAAAAAAAAGUGUUCUGAGAUCAGUUUCAAUAUUCUGAAAAUUGGAUUUCUGACUUCAUUCUCAGGAUUUUGCCUUUUUAAGUUUGAAGUGUUUGUUCUUUUGUGAAUUCUGUGGUUACAUUUUUCACAUUUAGCCCUUCUCUCUGCCAUAAGCCACAGCUGCACAAGGACCUCCAACAUGGCUGCACAGUCACCUUUUAAAACUUUCUGUCCAGAACAAGAAGUUCAUGAAGGAAAUGCAGAGACAGCCCGGCAGUCAGCAUUUAUUUUACACAUUAUUGAUCUAAUUUUAGUUGAAACAGCCGUGAGAUCCGUUAAGGUUCCAUCGGAAAGUGCUGACAACUGAAUAUAAAAAUAAAACUGAGAUCAACAGCUUUGAUUGCGGUCUUAUAUCUUGACACAGGGGUGACACAGAAGGCUAGAGAGGGUGAAACUACUCUGGAUAAAUGAAAUAAAUGAGUAUGAAUGGAUUGCAAAUAGUAAAUUUUCUUCAAUCACAUCAAACUCGAUGCUAGUUAAUUUGAGAAUAUAAUACAUGAGGGACAGUUACACACUUGACCCUCCAGCCUUCUGGUUAUUUAAGGAUUAAAACAAUAGUUUGAGUAUUUAAGAACAUUUUUUUGUAGAUUUGUAGUGCAUCAACUGAAAAACUGAACUUUUUCAAUAGAGCAACAGAAGUCAGUUCCUGCUGGCUCUAAUUGGUGUCUUUAAAAACUUGAACUCUCUGUUAAUCGGUGGAUAUGAAUCACGUUUUGUUUGUGUUGUGACAGAUUUCCUCUUAGGCAGUGCUUAAAGUUAUAUUUUCUGUCGUGAUCUGUCAUCCAGUGUUCAGAAAGGGUCCACCUAUAUCACGAACGAGUUUUCCUCCUUCGUUUAAAGUCGUGAAGUAAGAAGAAGCAUUUCGUCCUUGAAUGUGGAGUGUAUAUUUUGCACGGCUAUGAGCUUACAAACGCAGUAAACUUCAUCAUAUAUGUACGUGUAAUGUGUGAUUAAUGGGAAUGUUUUGGGUUUCACUGGAAGGUACUGUCACUGCAGUUCAGUGCGAGGCAGUGGGAGUUUUAUUUUGUUUUCGAGUAAUUCUGGUGACAUGUCCCGCUUUGCUUUGUUCAAGCCUCAUUCAUACAUACUUUAUAUAUAUAAAUACGUAUGUAUACUCUAUUUCUGUGCUGUUAUUUUCUCGCUCCUCCGUUUUAAUUUCAUCCAAAUUAAUUUAUUAAUGUGAAUAUUUUUUUCUCAUGUAAAUGGAUUGGUGUGAUUUAUCCUAAGACUUGUCUGAAUUACUUGAUUGUUUUUUUUUUCGAUAAUGUUUACAGAAUAACUGUUUUUAAUGGCUCUUAUCAUAUCUGAUGUAGUUGAACUUCAGUAACAAAUUUAGUGUUGAAAUGAUGUAAAGAGUCUCUGCUUAAAGACAUACACAGGAAUGAAUUACCGGACAGUUCAUACCAAAUAAAUACUACUUGUGUGACA